AAGCCACACCCCUUGCUUUUGGUUACAUUACCACCUCAUCUGUCAAUCAUCAGCUGCAAGCCACGCCCUUUGCAUUGGGUUACAUUACCACCUAUCUGUCAAUCAUCUGUUGCAAAUCGCUCCCUCUGUCAAUUGAAUCUCGCCCCUCUCUUGCCCAUCCGCCAAUAGGAUUGGUGGGCGGUGUUCCGCCAGCCAAUAGACGGCCGGGGGGCGUGGCUUUGCUGAGGGGCCCGGCUGUCGAGGGCGGGAGCGGCUCAGUCUGUGAGGGGCCGGCGCGGGGAUCGCAUACGUUACGUGCGGGCAGAGCCGCCGGCGAGAAACGGCUUCUGGAGGAUCGCCACUGUAUAACUUUCCGGGUUUUUUUUUCUUUUUUAAAAUUUGUUUGGGGAUUUUCGUUUUUUUUUUUUUUUUCUUACGCUGGAGAUUCUCAAUUCAUUUUCCCUCAGGAUUUGCCCCCGCUGCCACGUGUUCACCCAUCCUCCCCCGCAAAUCUGAUUUCCUGUACUUUGGUACAGCUUUUAAGGCAUAUUUAGAGUGUUUCUCAUUAUUUUGUAACUUUCGGUGGAAUUUUUAAGCUUUUUUACCCUUGUCGGGAUUAUUUUUGCCCUCAGGAAUGAGCCGCUUGCAAGAAACCGCGCCCCGAGGACCGCGGCGCUAUAAAACUACAGUUUUAAGCCUUUAAUUUACAUUUUUUUAAUUAGGUUUUCCCUCCAAGAAGCUAUUUUCGCAUUUCUGUUUUUCCGGGGUUUUUUUCUGUUUUUUUUUCCAGUUGUUUUGAUGUCAUUAAUAUGUUUUAUUUUAAAAGUUUUUAUACAUUAUAUAAUAUUUUAUUUUAUACAUUUAUUUGAUUCAUCGCUGGAAUAAAUCCUACUUUACCGUGGAAUUUACUGCGGGUUUGAUGGAGUGGGAAAAGCUAAAUCUUAAUUUAUAUAAAUUUUUUAAAAUAAAAUCGCAAACUUUUGUGCCCUCUGGUAACCGUGAGGGGGCCGGGAGGGGCGGGGCCAAAGCGCGGCGGGAAGUUGGGUGGGCGGGGUCUCACCUUAAGAGGAAAUGAGGCCCCGCCUUUAGGGCUGGGAUUCACCCUUAAAUGGCAAAGAGGAGGCGUGGCCUCAUUAAAAGCUAUGGGGCGGCCGCCAUUUUAAGCAUGAGGCGGCAGCCAAUAGGAGCGCGGCUAGGAGGAAGACACCGGAAAUGACUGCGGCAGCAGCCAAUGGGAGCGCAGCCGGGCAAAAAGGCGGUAGAAAGAAACCGGAAGUGGGCAUGGCCCCGCUGUCAUGGCGGCGCCCGAGGAGGAGGCGGCGGCGGCCGACGGCGAGGGGGGGGAAGGCGGCGAUGAGGAGGCGCUGAAACGGCUCGAGGCCCUGGUGACAGAUCUCUAUCACUUCCGGGACACUCUGCCCUCCCGUGACCCCGCCCACGACCACACCCAGGACCACACCCAUGACCACGCCCAGGACCCCACCCAGGACCCCCUGGUGGCCGAGAUGGAGCGGACGCUGAAGCUGAUGGAGCAAAUCCACGUAUCCCCGGAAGGGCGUGGCCGAGCGCUGGUACUGCGCGCCCGGGCGCUGGGCGUGGCCCCGGAGGUGGGCGGGGCCAGGGCGGAGCUGGCACUGGGCCACGCCCUGAAGCUGGACCCCGCCCUGGGCGUGGCCUGGAGGCAGCUGGGCGAGCAAAGAUGGCGGCGGGGCGACCUGAGGGGGGCCCGGGAGGCCUUCGGGGGGGCCCUGCAGCAGGGGGAGGACCCCGAGGCGCGGCGCCUCCUCUCAAUGGCCCUGCGCGCGCAGGGGGCGGGGCCAGGCCCCCGGGGGGAGGGGCCGGGCUCCGGGGGGGCGGGGCCCGGCCCGGGGGGCGUGGCCCUGCGCGAGAGCCUGGCCCAGGCGGAGGCGGCGGUCAGGUGUGACCCGAGAGACGGCCAAUCGUGGUACGUGCUGGGUAACGCCCACGUGUCGCUGUUCUUCGCGGGGGGGCAGAGCCCCGGCAGCGCCCGGCGCGCGCUCGCGGCCUACGGACAGGCGGAGCGCGUGGACCCCGCGGCCGCUGCCAACCCCGACCUGCACCUGAACCGGGCCACGCUGCUGCAGUUCCUGGAGCGGUUCCAGGGGGCGCUGGAGGGGCUGAGCCGCGCGGCCGAGCUGGCCCCGGGGUGGGAGGAGCCUCGGAAGCGCCACCAACACCUGAUGGAUUACCUGGGCAACCUGUGCCGGCUGCUGGAGAGCAGGGGGAAGCUGCGCGGGAAGCGGCGCCGGGGCCUGGCGGGGCCGGUGCCCCUCCCCCUGCUGGGCCCGCUGGGGGGGGCGGGGGGGCCGCGCCCCUCCCCCAUCGCCGGCCUGCGCCCCGGGCCCAACCCCCAGCGGGUGGUGCUGGGCAGGGUCCUGUUCAGCCUGACCCCCCCGGGGGGCGUGCCCUACACGAUUGGUCUGCAGGACGGGGGCGGGGCCGUGGCUGCGGUCACCGUCUAUAACUCCGCCCCCACGUGGGGCGUGGCCGUGGGGGACGCGCUGGGCGUGGCCGAGCCGGUGCUGAGUCAGCACCUGCACCAGCACCUGGGACAGACCUUCUCCUUCCUGGGGCUCCGCGUCCCCUCCCCCCUCUCGCUCGUGGUCAACGGGAAACGCCCCCCGGGCUCCGCCCUGGCCCCGCCCCGCCUGGCGCUGUCCAAUCCCAGCGCGCCGCCCGACGAGGCCACGCCCCCCGCUCCGCGUUGACCACGCCCACCCCUCCCCCUGGGGGCUGGGGGGGAUUUGGGGCAAUAAAGGAAAAUUUUGGGA